CAGCAGCGGGCUAGGCUGAGAGCUAGGAGAGGCUCCCCGCCCAGGCCAGUUUGUGCGUGGCCGCAGCCCUGCGUCGCUGACUGGGGCGGGCCAGGAGUCAGGACCGCGCUGAACGCGUGUAAAUGUCCCCGCGGGCUAAGGCCGCGCGGGCCCCGCGCCUCCUGCUCGCUCCCAGGUGCUGCUGUGCAUGUUCACUUCCUGCCACUGUGUGCCAGGAGGCGGGAGGACCAUGAAAAUGAUUCAUUUUCGGAGCUCCAGCAUCAAAUCGCUAAGCCGAGAGAUGAAAUGCACCAUUCGACUCUUGGACGACUCGGAGGUCUCCUGCCAUAUCCAGAGGGAGACCAAAGGGCAAUUUCUUAUUGACUACAUCUGCAACUACUACAGCUUGCUAGAGAAAGACUACUUUGGAAUUCGCUAUGUGGACCCAGAGAAGCAAAGGCACUGGCUUGAACUUAACAAAUCCAUCUUCAAGCAAAUGAAAUCUCAUCCACCAUACACCAUGUGCUUUAGAGUGAAAUUCUACCCACAUGAACCCUUGAAGAUUAAAGAAGAAAUCACGAGGUACCUUUUGUAUUUGCAAAUUAAAAGAGAUAUUUUUCAUGGCCGACUGCUGUGCUCCUUUUCUGAUGCUGCCUAUUUGGGUGCCUGUAUUGUUCAAGCUGAGUUUGGUGAUUACCAUCCUGAUGAGCAUCCUGAGAAUUAUGUCAGUGACUUUGAAGUUUUCCCCAAGCAGUCACAGAAACUGGAAAGAAAAAUCAUGGAAAUUCAUAACAACCAACUCAGAGGUCAGAGCCCAGCGAUUGCUGAAUUUAACUUACUCCUGAAAGCUCACACUUUGGAGACCUACGGAGUAGAUCCUCACCCAUGCAAGGAUUCAAGAGGCACAACAACAUUUUUAGGAUUCACUGCUGCAGGUUUUGUGGUAUUCCAGGGAAAUAAGAGAAUUCAUUUGAUAAAAUGGUCAGAUGUCUGCAAAUUGAAGUUUGAAGGGAAGACAUUUUAUUUUAUUGGUACCCAUGAGGAGAAAAGAGCCACUUUGGCAUUCCAUACUUCAACACCAGCUGCCUGCAAACACCUGUGGAAAUGUGGGGUAGAGAACCAGGCCUUUUAUAAGUAUGCAAAGUCCAGUCAGAUCAAGACUGUGUCAAGCAGCAAGAUAUUUUUUAAAGGAAGUAGAUUUCGAUAUAGUGGUAAAGUGGCAAAAGAGGUGGCGGAGGCAAGCUCCAAAAUCCAGAGGGAACCUCCUGAGAUACAUAGAGUCAACGUUACUCAGAGUCGCAGCUCUCACUCCUUGAACAAACAGCUCAUUAUUAACAUGGAGCCCCUGCAGCCUCUCCUUCCUUCCUCCACUGAACAGGAAGAAGUUCCCCUGGGUGAAGGUGUCCCUUUGCCUAAAGUGAACGUUUCUGCCCCCUUGAUUGCCAGUUCACCAGUGAAGGAAGCUCAGGAGUACACAGAUCCUCCAAGAGAAGAGGCAGAUAAAAUAAAAGAAGAUCCUUUGGCCAUCUCUGAACUAGCAUACAACCCAAGUGCCAGCCUGCUCCCUACCCCAGUGGAUGAUGAUGAAGUCAACACGCUCUUUGACUGUCCAUCUAGGCUCGAGUUGGAAAGAGAAGACACAGAUUCAUUUGAGGAACUGGAAGCAGAUGAAAAUGCUUUUUUGAUGGCUGAAGAGGAGGAGAUGAAGGAGGCUCAUCAAGCUCUGUCAUGGAGCUAUUCCAUUCUGACCUGCCAUAUCUACACCAACCCCCUGGUCGAGAGUCUCUCCAGGCUCCUUGUGGUGGGCCUGGGGCUGCUGCUCUUUGUAUUUCCCCUGCUCCUCCUCCUUUUGGAGUCAGGUAUUGAUCUCUCCUUCUUAUGUGAAAUCCGCCAGACACCAGAGUUUGAACAGUUUCACUAUGAAUACUACUGUCCCCUCAAGGAAUGGGUGGCUGGGAAGGUCAACCUUUUCUUCUACAUGCUGGGUUGCUCAUAAAAUUCGUUUCUGAUAAAAUGAAGGGCUAUGUUCCAGUAGAUGCCAGGUUCUGAAUGGUGAUGGAUCAAUCAAGAAGUAUUCUUUUCUCAUAAAUGACUGUUCAAACCCUGAUGUUAACUUUCUGUAUUUCAGUGCCCUUGUCAAUUUAAACCAAAUAUGGUUAUUUUAGUUAUACUUCAGAAAGACGGCCUUUAAGUAACUACAAGCAUCUUCAUUAUUAUACCGUAAUAUGUAACACAUUGAAGUUAGACAUUUCUGUUUUUUAUUGUGAGUUAUAAUGUUCAGAAUCAGAAUUUUAGUAAAAGUACAAGGGAAAUCUUUUUAAUACAACUCUUAGUGAAAAUAAUGUCCUCUAACCAAAGCCUAUGCAACUAAAUUGAUGCUGAGUUUUUCUUCCGAUUUUUUAAAAAAAUAUUUUUAUGUGUUCUAAAUAUUUUGGUAAAUUUUUAGAAAAACAAAAGCCUCCUGGAGUUACCUAAAUAUACAUAUUGUAAAAGGAAUACACAAAAAUGCAUCAAGAAUUUUUUAAUGUUUUGGCACCUGUUUGUUUAUAAGAUAUUUUUGACUGGGUAAUCUCAUAAUUUGUUACUUACAUGCAUAUAACAUUAAAAAAUCUGUGGAAAGAAGCUAUAGUAAGUUCUCAAAACAGAUACAGAACUGAAGGAUGUAGGUAUGGAGAAUAUUAAGUUGACAUGAUGAAGUCUGUUUUUCAAUGUUUUGGACAGAUGGUCUUAUACUUUCAUUUGGAUUUUGCCUAUGUACUUGAGCUGGGGAAGCAGAAUGCUUUUAAAAGAAAAUGAAAGUACUUGUAAAAGAAAAAUUAUAUGAGAUACACUAGUGAAUUACUUAUUUUUUAUUAAUCUAAAUGAAAAUAGGAGUUAGACAUAUGGAAGGUAGCAAAGUAGAAUUCUGGUGAGACUGACAGGCAAGUAGUGAUAGUGCCAAGUGAUAGCGCUACAUGGAAAGAAGCUUU